AAAUUUCGCGCAAGGAAACUCGUUCUUCUCCUGGCGCGCCAAAUUUCAAAGCACUUCCUGGGGAGAGGAGGAGAUAAGAGUUACCACGGAGCACAAAUAAAAGACUUAUGUAGCGUUUCGCAAAACAUAUACCUUGAUAUUGCGGGUAUGUCACGCUUUUAAUGAAGACCAGCAAUUGAGCAUCUGGCGGGGCUGCUACAUAUCCACUUUUAAUAUUUCGUCUACCUAGAUAUUUAGUGCUGAAAUAUCUGUGCUGCAGUGUUUUAGUUUGUCCUCCAAAUAUUUUAAUAAUUUGUUUUUAGCAUGUCAGAUUUUAUUUACUGGGCAUAAUAAGCAUUCAUAAGGGUCAUAUUCGAAAGUCUUUGUAACUGGAGGAUCUUCGAUGGAGGACGUUUAGCCCAGUGUUAUGUGAGAGGCUCUGCGGUUUGCCGGGUGUGUUGCAGUUUUUCCUGCACAUUUAUUUGUGGGAUGUCAGAAUGUCGUUAGGAGUCCAGCCGUGUUUUCAGCUGUUGAGGAUUGGGUUGUCUGACACAAACAAUAGCAACGCUCAUGGAAACGAGUGCCCAGACUCCGUCCGUGACCUGUACACUUUCCGGCCCGCACUGACCCAGUGUGUGUUCCGUUUGGGACGGGCCCCAGAGUUGUGUGACGUCACUCUGGAGUCCAUGAUCGUGUCCCGUAUCCAUGCAGAGCUCCAUGUGGAAAGAGAAACUGAUGUCUCUGGAGAAGAAAGCUGGAAAGUUCAAGUGAAGGACCGCAGCAGCUAUGGCACAUGGGUAAAUGAGAUGCGCCUCCAACAAGGGGUCUUAAAGGAAAUCUUUGAUGGCGACACGCUCACCAUUGGUGGCCAAUCAGGACGGGCUAGUCCAGAAUUCUACUUCCUCUUCCAGAAAGUACGGGUUCAUCCGCUGGACUUUGAUGCCAUCACUGUGCCCAAAGCGGGUUCCUUCUCAUCGGACAUAAAGAACCGGAUCAGAACGUGCUCGGACCGUAAACCAGACCCCGGCGUGGACAUUUCAAAGCUGUCCAUCAACAGAGCCACGGUCAUCCUCAACUCCAUCGGCAGCCUGAGCAAGAUGAACGGCAGCUGCUGGACCUUUAAAAAGAGCCAGAAAGCGAGCACCUUAAAUACGCCGGUGUUCAGCGCUUUGGCCCCACCCACCACUCCGCCUCCUUUCCAGGCCGCUGGCGAGAUUUCGUCCAAGUCUGUCCCGCCGUCCUCAAAGAGCCGACGCAAGUCUGCCCACACGGUUCUGCUGGAGGACGACAGUUCGGACGAUCCCGCGAACCGCAGAGACCUGGAGGACGGACGCAGGGGACAAGCCAAGAAAAGACGCCGGCUUUACAAAUCAGAGUCAGAGGUGUUUCAGCCCCCUCUACCCAAACUGGAGCAGAACUGCCGGUCACAGUACGAUGUGAGCAAACCCACCGGCGGCAGCAUUUUCAAUAUGCCACCAAACAGGCAGUUCAAUCAUAUUGUGAACAUAUCGAGUCACACCAGAGGCAACGGCAUCAGUUUGACUCCUCUCCGCCAGCAGAAGCCCUGCAUGUCUGGUCCUGGAAGGAGGCCAAGGGCAAACAGCUCUCCGAUAUACACAACCCUCGGGAUGGGAAGUGAGAAUUACAACCUGACCUCCCCGUCAGCGAGGAUGCCCAAGACAGAGAAAGCAAGGGGCAUCGUUUCUCGCUUUCAGGCCUCAACUGGGCGUCGACGUGGAAGGCCUAGAAAACACCCGCUACCACAGCCUUCCCUGCCGUCUCCCUCUUCAUCAUCUUCCUCUAGCUCCAGCUCUUCCUCCUCUUCUUCAUCAUCAUCCUCUGAAGAAGACGAUGAGGAGAUGGCUGUGGCUCAGGGCGUUGAACCCUGUGCAGCGGCUCACUGUCGUCUCCCGCAGCAGGACACCGUGCAGUGGAUCCAGUGUGACGACUGCGAUGCCUGGUAUCACCUCGACUGCUUACCGCACAACCACAACCGAGACUCGCUGCUGUUCGACCCUAAUGCAGACUUCCACUGCGGCUGCCACCGCGCUAGAAACCGCUGAGUCCAGCAAUCAGUCAGGACCGGCCUGGCUUCCUCUCUUGUUUGAGGUUCUUUAAUAAACCAAAUGCUCUCAAA